AUGGAGUCGCUCUCGUGGAAGCGGUACGACGCCCAGCACAAGCUCUCUGACGCCCUCACGCUGGCGGCGCGCUCGUGCGUCGAUGUGCGUGCGGCGCGACCGGUGGAGUACCUCGCGGCGUACUUCACGAAGAUGUGCACCGGCGACGAGAUUCGCAGCAUCUUGACGUACACGUUGUACCUCCCCGGCGGCACGCAUGCGCUGCAGUUCUCGCUGCAUCUUCUUAACGGCAUGGAGGCGGAGUCAACGGCGUUGCUGCAGCCCUGCCACGGAGAGGGCAGCAGCACGGCGGAUGAGAACACCGAUUCCACCACCGCCGUUGCGGAUUUGAUCAGGCAGAAUUAUAUUCCGCAACUCCUCAAGUGCGGUGCGUGCGAUCAGAAACGGUUCGACGAGAUCCUGCACCACGUGCACGCCUCUGCGGAAAACAGUGCAUGCGUGGGGCUUUCCGUGGUGCACGCCCUAAGCGUCGCAGCGGCGAGCGCAGCAGCACGUUGCUCCUCUCUGCCGUUGUUUCAGUACCUGCGUAAAUCGAUUGCGCCGUCCGAUGACGUGGAGUCUUUCGCGAUGCCGCAGUUGUGCAUUAGCUUUUUUGGUCCUGAAAACCUGUCAUCAGCUCGUGUGGCGGUGCGGGAUGUCUUUCUGAUUCCAGCAAUGCCGGAAGGCGUGAUUAAUAGAGGCAUCAUCCAGAAGAUUUUCGCUGCGUUUCGUCACUUUAGCCGAGUGCACGGUGCUGCAACGCGUGGCGACGGCUCCCUCGCAUUUGACGGCUUUGAGAGUUUGGCAGAGGCUGUGAGUUUGGCGGAAGAGGCAGUGCGGGCAGUGGGCCUCACGCCCGUAGAGGACGUGUGCGUUGGACUGCGUCUCGCUGCGGCGGUGGUGCCUGCGUCCGGAAAGGACAACAAGGAGCCGUCCGAUGUCAUGUACGCGCUCUUUCCCGGUGAUGUGGACGUUUCCGGGUCCCAGGUGGCAGAGUACGUGCGGGAGCAGCUGCAGCAGCGCACAGACUUCGUGGUGUACGUGGAGGACACACACUGCGACCGGGACGCUGCGGGUCUGCGCCGCCUGCAGUCACGCAUGGGCGCUGCUCUGACGGUGUCCGGGCGCGAGCUCUACCUGCACAGCGGCUACGGGCGGGUGGAGCAGGGCCUCAGCGAGCUGUGGACAUCCAACGUUGUUGUCGAGCCCAGCGGUGCGGGCACGUUGUCAGACGUGUACGAUAUCGCGCGUCGUGUGUGGCAGCACGAGGGCCGCUGCGUCAGCUUUGCGACGCACGACUUGGGGGGGAACGCCGCGUUUGUGGCGCACCUCGCCGUUGGCGCCGGGGGAAAAUACAUCUGCACGGGCGGACUCCUCGGCACCGCGCAGUGCGACGUGCUGUCGCACCUGAUGUCCAUCCAGGACGACCUGGAGCACACACGGAUGUUGUGCCACGAGGCGCCCAAGUUGCCAAAGAUGGAGCUGCCGGAGGCGCCAACGGACGCCGUGCCGGAGAUCAAACGCCGACUCGAGAAGAAGAAGCGGAAGAAGUGA